AUGGCAGGCUUUACAUUCGAAAAUCCAGCUGUGCAAUCCUAUGCUUUUUACUCUGGUGUGUUAGCGUUGAAGACACUUGGGAUGGCAUUACUAACUGGGAGAAUACGAUUCCGUAAGAAAGUGUUUGCAAAUGAGGAAGAUGCAAAGUUACGGAAAAGUGUUGUUAAAUACGACGAUCCUGAUGUGGAGCGAGUGCGUCGUGCUCAUCUUAACGACUUAGAGAACAUCCCUGCAUUUUGGUUGGUUGGAGGAUUGUAUCUGACUACUGCUCCAGACGCUGCUUUGGCUGUUAAUUUAUUCCGAGUAUACACUGUGGGUCGCAUAUUACAUACUAUUGUGUAUGCAAUCAAGCCACUACCGCAGCCGGCUCGCGGCAUAUCAUUCGGGAUACCUUAUCUAAUUACCGUAUACAUGGGUCUCAAAGUGGUACUGCAUUAUGCCUCAGCAUUAUCCUACGCUUUUUACUCUGGUGUGUUAGCGUUGAAAACACUAGGAGUAGCAAUACUAACCGGGAGAACGCGAUAUCGUAAGAAAGUGUUUGCAAACGAAGAAGAUACAAAGUCGACUAAAGGUAUUGUAAAAUUAGAUGAUCCUGACGUGGAGCGAGUCCGUCGGGCGCACCUCAACGAUUUAGAGAACAUUCCUGCGUUUUGGUUGAUCGGAGGAUUGUACCUGACUACUGCCCCAGACACUGCAUUAGCUGUCAAUUUAUUCCGAGCAUAUACUGUGGGUCGCAUAUUACAUACUAUUGUGUAUGCAGUCAAGCCUCUACCGCAGCCGGCUCGCGGCAUUUCAUUCGGAAUUCCAUAUCUAAUUAUGAUAUACAUGGGUGUCAAAGUGGUCUUGUUUUAUGCCUCAGCAUUAUAAGCGAACUAUUCACUUUGUAAUAUGUUGAGUAACGCGUAUUUCUACAGUAGUACUAUAACUAUAUUAAUAAGUGCUUAGUAUUAAUGUUUCUAAAUUUUAAAUACCUAUUUCAUACUGAUUUUAACACAAUAAUUAGUUGUAUUUUUUAAACACUACAUAUAGGUAUGUACUUAUUAUGUAUUUUGUAUAAGAAAUAUAUAUGUUUACAAUUACAACAUUUUAAUAUACUUAUGUAUUAAAGAGCUAUUGCUUUU